GCGCUGUCGACUUCACACGUACGACAUACGCUCCCACGCAUUUAAUACCAAUACAAGUCUCGAACUUCGCUCGGAGUCGAUUUCGAAAUUCGACGAUAUUAUUAUAACUCCAACGGAGAAUUAGACAUUUGUUGCCGAAAUAUUACAUGAACUUCCAGUGGUUGAGUGUUUGAAUUUCGAACAGGAUCACAUUCUCCGGCAAUUGCGGAGGUCGACUAGGUAUUCAAAACAGUCAAAGUGUCUCCCAUAAAGUUGUCGGCGAUGGAUAGCAAUUCUGUUUCACCGAUGCCGGAACUAGCGCCGAUCGCGGAAUUCGAUAAGUCACCGCCUUCGCCGCCCAAUGAGGAGGUGCCGAUGGACGACCUGCCGCCGCCUCCAGCUACAAUCUCUCAGGCUGAAGGGAAGAAGAUUAAAGUACAACGCAGCCGUUCGUACGAGUCGGAUGAACAUGAGCGUGGUGCUUGUGAGUGGUGCGAGUAUGCUCUAGUCAUCACUUUAGCCACCAUCCUGCUGAUCGGUGUGUCAGCGCUCACCAUCUUCUGGACCUUCUUCUACAGAGAGGGCUAUGGCUGGGCCGAUGACAUCCCCGAGAAGCAAUUUAACCUUCAUCCAACGCUUAUGGUGGCCGGCUUCAUCACAUUCAGCGGGUUUUCGGUGCUGCUCUACCGUAUCUGCCGCUGCUUCAGACGAAUUUACGUGAAACUGCUGCAUGCAAUAUUCCACGCUUUGGCGUUCCCUUGCAUAGUCAUUGGUUUCCUUGCUGUUCUCGAUUUCCAUAACAAGAAGGGCAUCAACAACUUCUACUCGCUGCACAGCUGGAUCGGCUUCGUUGCUAUGGGACUAUUCGGUCUUCAGUAUGCUGUCGGAUUCUUCAGUUUUCUGCUCCUAUUGAUCUGCAACAAGGGAACCGCGAACUUCCGAGCUUCAUUGGUGCCGAUUCACGCCGCGUUUGGUAUACUGACAUUUGUCCUCGGAGUGUGUGCUUGUCUUACUGGGCUUACUGAAAAAGCUCUCUUCACCCUUGGGAGCGAGACAUACGCUUCGAUGACAACAGAGGCGAUUGUCAUUAACGCCAUCGGGAUGUCGGUGGUGGCGGUGGCCAUCGUGGUGCUGUACACCGUGCGCGGCACCGGCGGCUAUCGGCUGCGCAAGGUCACGCAGAACCCGAGCUAAGCGAAUCCAGUCGAAGUAGCGGUAAUCGAGAUAAACAUUGCAAGCGUAGUUUUUAUCUGUUCCGGUUUUUUAUCUGUGGUUCGAGACUUAAAUUGCCAUCUAAAUUGUCUAUCGUUUUUUAAAAUGAAAUUUAAAUAUUAAAUAAAUUAAAUUAAACAGCCCGGUCGACUUAACAAAUUUGCAAUAAAAUUAGUUUUAAUUAUUUAAAUUAAAUAAACAUAGAUAUACAAAUACAAAUGAAUAAAAAAUAAUAAUAUUAAAAACUACGCUUGCAUUGGAACGCACAACACCAAAUAUUGUAAAUUCUUGAUAUAUAAAAUUGUUUUACGUUUCAAAAUGAUUUAACUUGGUAUAAGUAUAAGUUGAAUUGUUUGUUCUUUUUUUAUAAAACUUGUCAUAUUUGUAACACGUGUAAUACAUUGAACUCAUAAAACGUAAAUGAAUCAGUAUUGUUAUGAAUCAAAAUUGAACAAUUUACUUCUCUGAAGAAAAGUAUUAUGUUAGAGAAGAAAAUUAAAAUUGUAAGCUCUUAGACGCCUUUUAGCUCAAUUUGUUGCUUUAAGGUUUUAUAUAUAUUCUAUUUGAGUAACGUUAUGAUUGAACAGUUGUGCGUUGUUCAAUGAAAAAAAAAAUCCUAUCAAUUUGAAUCCGUCUUCAAAAUUAUGAUGACUGAUUUUAAAAGUUUUUUCUUUAAUUUGGACCAUAAUUUAUUCCAAUCGAAAAUCGAAAUAUAAUUUUAAAAUAUAAUUACAAUGAUAUAUUCAUAUUUUAUAAAUUAAAAAAUCAAUUCAACGAAAAUAUUUUAAAUGAUUUUCAACUUCUCUGUACUCGCUACCCUGUGGUAAUUACUGUUAAUGUAUUAGAUUCGCAGUAAGAAUAAUGAUUGAGGUUUAGAUAAAUAUGAUCACGAUCGGAACGAUUAUUUCAUUAAAUAAAAGGUAAAUAAAAAAUAAAA